AUGUUUCUGAGGGCAUUUUCAUUGCUGUCUGUUCUUGUCGUGGUACAUGGACGCUUUGGGACGUUUCUUCACGGAACUUCCUGUACAGAAGCCAAAGAUCCGGGUCCCUGUAAAGGUUCCUUCCGGAGAUGGUACUACAAUCCGUCAGACUACAGGUGUCGGAGGUUUAUAUACGGCGGGUGUGGCGGAAACGGAAAUAACCACAGGUCUCUAAGGAGUUGUCUGGAUUCUUGUAAUGAUGGUUGUCCAAAUGGAACAAAUCCAGAUAAAGUGCGAUGCAUUGUGGGAGCUUGCACCAUUCAAUCCUGUCGACGCUAUCCAUGGGCAAUUUGUGUACCGAGAUGCAAUGGCUGUUUCUCUCAGUUCAUCUUAUUUGGGAGGGACGUCACACGCCAAUGUCACAGACGGAUUCCCGUGCCUCCCAAACGCCGACGACGACCGGUGCUUAUCGUCAGGCGGCGGAAAUCUGUAAAUCGUAGACGGAACGUGAGUCGUAGACGGAACGUGAGUCGCAGACGGAACGUUAACGUGAGGCGAAGGAGGAAACAUGUGAGUCGCAGAGAGAAGUUGAUGGUUCCAAAGCCGAAGCCUGAGUAGAAGAAACUUCAAAAAUCCGGAAAAGAUUGAGC